AUGAUACCCCAUUUCUCACCUGCUCGAGUAGAGCUUUGCGAAAAACCUAUCCUCAAAAUUCUCCGACACUCCUGGUUCGAGGAAAUCUUCCGCCCUAGGAUGGACCCGUCAAUAAUCAACAACUGCGUACUGCUGCUGAAUUUGCCCCCCAAGGCACUUGCCGGCAUCGACCUCCUGUCCUUCACUUCAUCACCACGUUUUCGAGGAGUGAAAAACAUUCCACCAGGCCUGCAUUUUGUUUUCACUGCAAGCGACAGCACUUUGUCUGUGAGACACGGCGCCUGGUUCUACGUCACCCCUGGCGUAGGCUCGCCGCAAGUCUUCGUUAAGAAAUGGGACGAGAGCACCGAAGACCUCGUAGCCGAAACCUCGCAGACCGAAGUCCUGAGACACAAGGCGAACCUGGGAAGCAUAUGGAAAGAUGGCCUGACACCUUACCGACAAAGCGUCCAGGAAGGGGACUCUGGUGCUGAAGAAGGCUGGUCUGAGGAAUCUACCGACUGGAGCAAGCUUACAUCCCAAGUCACACCCACUAUGCUGUCGAGGAUAUGUGGCCUGAAUCCGGAUCACUGGAACUUGACAUCCGCAUCAUCCGCCCCACAAGACCUGGACGAAAUACCUGGCCUAGAGAAUAGCAACAGCAUGCUGCAUCCGGAGAAGGAGCUACGAUUCCUGCCCAUCGACCUGAAAAAGACUUGGAGAGAAGGCGCGACCGGGAGGGAACGCACAGAAGCCGCGCAAGACCGAUCCUGGUUUCUGGGAGAUCUCAUCGACAACCACUGCCAGGCGAGUGAUCUUCGUGGACGAGAGGACGAAAUCUUGGGCGAGCUGCAGUUUACUUUCCUUAUGGUCUUGACCCUCAACAACAACUCCUGUCUCGAACAGUGGAAGCGGCUCCUGCGCCUUUUACUCACAUGCCGGCAAGCCGUCAAACAGCGAUCGCGCCUGUUUCUCGAUUUCUUGCGAUGCCUGCGGAUACAGCUUGGCCAUUGCGCUAAUAUAGAAGGCGACUUGUUCGACAUGAACGAUGUUGGCGGAGGCUUCUUGAAACCGCUCUUCGGCCAAUUCCGCAAAGCUCUCGACGACUUCGACGGAAAGUGGAAAGCUGACUUGGUAGAUGAGCUAGAGGAUCUGCAAGAAUAUAUGCAGAAAGAGUUCGGAUGGGAACCAGAGGGCUCUUAUCUAAAGCGCGGUAUGCUGGAACUAGAGGACGGUGAACGAGUAGAGAUGGAAGUCAAUGGUGCAGACGCCGAUGAGGAGCUUGGCGACUACGCUCCUACUGUCGUCGACCUGACCCCAGAACAGCAAAGACUGCUGAACCGGAGCGAUGUCGGUCAUGCAAAGCCAACAAACGGCGACGUUGAUUCAGAGUCAGAAGACGACGUCGAUCUAGACGAUAUGGACACGAGAUACUGA